AGAGUCCCAGAAGUGGAAAAACACUGCCUUACUGUGUGGGUCAAUCUAUUGGCUUCCAGAUAGAACCCAUCAUAUCAAGGAAAUACAAGCAUGAGCAGGUCUGUUGAAGAUGCACUGGUCUCCGGAGCACGCGGCCCCCCUGUCCCAGUGGCCUGAGCAGCACCUGGAUGUGUCUUCCACCACCUCCCCUCCUUCCGCCCACAAACACGACUCACGUGGUUACACCACUGCAGCCGGAUACCCCUGGGCCAGCGAUGACAUCUCUGCCCUCACCGCCUCUUCCUUGUUAAAACGCUAUGCCGAAAAGUACUCAGGCCUGGAGCUGCCCUACGAAAGGCCUGCCCCAGGGGCUUACUCAGAGCCUGGGGCCUUUCUGAAGAGUGAGACUGAGCCCUGGGCCCUGGGGCAGGGCAUGGAGUGUUACCCUGCGCUGGAGGCCCUGGCAGCAGGGGCCAAAGUGGGAUCAGCAUCAGUGGGCCUCCCUGGCACGGGCAGUGUGACGGUGGUGAAUAGUAACUUGACCUCUGACCCUGGGUAUAGUGGUGGUGGCUCCUGUAAUGGUCCCCCCUCUCAGGACUACCCCCUCUCCUACAACAGCACCUACCUCUCCUCAGGAUACUGCCUCCAACCCGGCUCAGCGCUUCCCCCAGCCUCUCUGCAAACCACCCCCACCCUGGUGUCCAGCUACAACCCUACCAACCCUGUAUACAACUACCCGCCAGGCUGCUACCCCCACCUCCAGACCAGCCUGGCAGCCAGCUACAGCCACCCCAGUGCCUCCUACCUCCCCUCUGGCCUGAGCACCCCUACCCCCCUGACCCCCAGGUCCACCAUGGCAGGGGGCAGCUAUGGUUACCCCAGUCACAGCCUAGGGGCCAGCUCUGAGACAGGAGGGCCGCUGAAACGCAAGGCCUUUGAGAUGGCGGAAGAGGGGGAGGAGGGAGGAGAAGGAGACGGCUCGCGGUACAGGAAGUUUGUCAAUGGCCACAGCAAGAGCCACGGCAAUGGUCACGGCAACGACUACGACAUAGCGGGCUCAGAAGUCCAGGCCUACAAGCCCGGCAAGCCUCUGGUGUCGCCUCCUUAUGUUGGCCAGGGCGAGUACAGCCCCUCCUCAGCCCUAGGGGGGGAGAGUGGGGGAGGAGGGGAACAUGGCUUUCCCCAUCAGAGGCUGGCCAUGAAGAUGCCUGUGUCACAUGCACGAUCUGAGGACCCAACUGGAGGACGGUAGAUCAGGCACUUGAAAGGAAAACUCUCUGGGGGUCCUUCGGUUUUAUUGGCAUUUAAAAACCAAGUAGAGUACUUACUCUGACAAAAACUGGGGGAAAAUAAUAAUUGGAUUUUGCAAUGAGAGGUCAUGUGAUCUAACCUGGAAGGAGAAAAAAUGGCAAAUGACUUGAAUCCGCCUCCUAUCUUAUAUCAUUUUCAUUGUUAGAUUUUCUCCAAAGAGUCAAGGGUCACUUCGUCCUGUAUGGGUGUGGUGAGGUGGUGUGAGGACAGAGGGAGGGAUCUAGAUGGAUAGGGCUAAAUCAGGCAGUCUGAAUGGAUUACCGACUGUAUGGGUGUGGUGAGGUGGUGUGAGGACAGAGGGAGGGAUCUAGAUGGAUAGGGCUAAAUCAGGCAGUCUGAAUGGAUUACCGACUGUAUGGGUGUGGUGAGGUGGUGUGAGGACAGAGGGAGGGAUCUAGAUGGAUAGGGCUAAAUCAGGCAGUCUGAAUGGAUUACCGACUGUAUGGGUGUGGUGAGGUGGUGUGAGGACAGAUG